AUGUCAUCUUCAUCAUCAAAAGUAACAUUAAAAAGUUGUUACUCCGUGAGACCUAAAGAACCAACAUGGAAUGGUGUUUUACCAUUAUCUGAAUGGGAUCAAAUUGGAAUCAUAACACAUGUGCCAACAAUUUACUUUUACCACCCUACACAAGACUGGCUUACCUCCCCUACUAAAAUAUCCCACACUUUAAAAGAGUCGUUAAGCAAAGUUCUUGUGACAUUUUAUCCAUUAGCGGGUCGUUUACAAUGGCAAGAAAAUGGUCGUUUUGAUCUCGAAUGCAACUCAUCGGGUGUUCAAUUCAUUGAAGCACAAUCUACAUUAGCAUUAUCUGAGUUCAAUGAUUUUUCACCUUCUUCUGAAUAUUAUCGUUAUCUUAUCCCGCAGGUUGAUUACACGCUUCCAAUUCAAGACAUUCCUUUGAUAUUUGUUCAGCUUACGAAUUUCAAAUGUGGCGGUGUUAGCAUUGGUUUGUUAAUCUCGCAUGCAGUUGCUGAUGGACAAAGUGCAUUGCAUUUUACUUCUGAGUGGGCUCGACUUGCACGUGGCGAAACUAUAAAAACCACACCAUUUUUUGAUAGGAGUGUUGUUUCAUUAAAAUCGCAAUGUUGUAACAGUGUUAAUGAAUGGGAGUUUAAUCAACCUCCAUCAUUGCUGGGAAAUUCAGAUGGUGUUGAAGAAACGAAGCGAAAAUCAACCGUGGCUAUAAUAAAAGUGAGUAAGGUGCAACUUGAGAAGUUGAGAAAAACAGCAAAUGAGAGUUGGGAAAAACCUAGUAAUGGUCGAGGUUUUACAAGGUAUGAAAUAGUAACCAGUCAUGUUUGGAGAAGUGCAUGUAAAGCUAGAGGACAUAGAAAUGACCAACCAACCGUGCUUGGUGUUUGUGUUGAUUGGAGGAAUCGUGUGGAACCUAAUUUACCAAAAGGGUAUUUUGGGAAUGCAACAUUGGAUAUUAUGGCAACUAGUCUUGCGGGUGAUUUAAUGUCUAAGCCUUUAGGGUAUGCUUCGAGUAGGAUAAGGGAAGCGAUUGAAAAAGUGAAUGAUGAGUAUGUGAGACAAGUGAGUGAUUACUUUAAGAAACAAGAAGAUUUGACUAAGUUUCAAGAUGUUCAUGCAAUGAUAAGGAAUGAUGAUAAAGGACCUUUUUAUGGAAACCCUAAUUUAGGAGUGGUUAGUUGGUUGACAUUGCCUAUUUAUGGACUUGAUUUUGGGUGGGGAAGAGAGAUUUAUAUGGGACCAGGAACACAUGAAAUUGAUGGAGAUUCUUUGCUUCUUCCUAGUCAUGAUCAUGAUGGAUCUUUGUCGGUUGCUAUUUGUUUGCAAGAGCUUUAUAUGGAUGCUUUCAAGAAGCAUUUUUACGAAGACAUUGUUUGA